CAUCGUGAGCACAUCGAACUGUAGGCUUGUUUUUUUGGCCGAGUGCUUGUGUAGGAUUGUAUCAAUAAAAGGACACUUGAAGAAUUGCCAGCAAGUAAUACUUCGUGCUAUGGGCUCAUCGAAACGCAAAUCUUCAUUCCGGAUUGAUGAUAUUCUGCAGCAACAGACAGAGCAUCAGAUGGCCACGCAGCGUCAGCAAACCAACACAGUGAUCAAGAACAGUGACAUGGAAGCCACUUCCAGCAACCGAUCAUCUUCUCCGCCACCUGAUCUCUCAGCAUCCACUGUGUCGUCGUCAAACGCUCUGCAGUCUGGCAGGGAGUCGCCCAGAAAGCCCACACCCAUCUACCCUCAAAUGCUCGAUUUGCAAAAGGCACCCAAUCUAUGCUUCCCCAUUCCUGUGGGAUUCCCUCAGCCCUUUUCACCAGCCGCCGCGUACCUCGAGCACUAUGCCAAUGCGCUACACAAAGCAUCGCCACGCCUCUGGCCUUUCUAUCCUCAUCCCUAUGGCGGCUACCUACUCCCACCUUGCGGGUCAAAGAGAAAAGGCGGACAGGUGCGAUUCACACCGCAGCAGACACAAAGUCUAGAGCGAAGAUUCUCCAAUCACAAAUACCUCUCGCCCGAAGACCGAAGACACUUGGCCAUGCAACUGAAACUUAGCGAUCGACAGGUUAAGACAUGGUUCCAAAACAGACGUGCCAAGUGGAGAAGAUCCAACAAUGGUGCAACAACUCUGGACUCUCCCAAUACAGGACCUUCAGACACCCAUUCGGAUGAUAAUGCAACUCCGCCUCUGAAUUUGACUGGACCCAACACGAAAUACAACUCCAGUGCAAAAGCCCAGCAAAAUGAUACUUCAUCCGAUGAGGACGACAAUUUUGAAGAAUCCAACUCACCCAUAAAUGUGUCAUAAUCACGAUCGAAUAGCUCUUGCAAAAUUGUCAGUAUUAUAUAGAUAGAAAAUCCAAUCGAAAUCCAAUAAAAUUCU